CCAGAGAAGAUGAAGAAGACUUCGGAAGGGACUUCGGAUAGGGACCGUUCUAGUGAAUCGUAAUGGGAGUGAAUUUCAUCGCAGGGUCAUGUGUGUUUUAGUCGCUUAAAAAAAAAUACGCCAGUGAUUUCGUAAAAACCUGGGUAUGUUUGAGCAACCUCAUGUGCAGAGUGCUACUGUCGAUAUAUCGACACGUAUAAACAGUCAGAGAACGUGACGUGGCCAUAGUAUAGUUGCCGGUGUGCAGUACAGACUGCACUGGCCUGAAUCAUAAGCUAGCUACGAAGUGCUAUCCGGAAGAAAACAUGAGUAGCUAGCUGGCAUUGUGUAGUGAACGACAAACUUUCGUGAACUUUACGUGUGCGAUCUCUUUCACUAAAUUAUAUGAUUGGUCGUUGGGUAAAUUAAACUGAUGAAUACGUUUUAUUGCUGUGUAUUCACCUACUGCUGUUCGUAAACACGCACGCUGACAUUAGCCAGCUUUCCAGCCUACCGGGUAGUUAGUUAGCUUGUAGCUAAUAUGGAUUAAGUAAAAUAACUUAUUCCAUGGUCACUGAGUACGAAAUUGUCAGGUAUGGAUGAAAAAUACAGCAGCAAUGUCAUUUCCAGUGGGAAGUUGGGACCAGUUGAAGUACCUAACGCCAGGCUGACCAGGUACAUAGUAUUACUGUGUGUCACCAAGCUCUUUAAGGCUCUAGGAAUUUUUGAGUCUUACGACUUGCUGAAAGUGGUCCACAUAGUUCAGUUCAUCUUUAUACUCAAAUUGGGGUGUUCAUUGUUGUUGGUUUUCUUCCAAAAGCCAUUCUCCUCCGGAAAAGUUAUUACAAAACGUCAGUGGGUCAAAAUCCUCAAGCACGCUGUCAUCAGCUGCGUGAUUUCACUCUUGGGAUUUUUCGGUCUCACGCUUUGUGGACCUUUACGGACACUGCUGCUGUUUGAACACAGUGAUUUGGUGGUCAUCACCUUCCUCAGUGUUCUCUUCACAAGCUCUGGAGGUGGACCCUCGAAGACCAGAGGAGCUGCAUUCUUCAUCAUUGCUGUGAUCUGUCUUCUGCUCUUCGAUAAUGACGACCUCAUGGCAAAGAUGGCAGAGCACCCUGAAGGACACCAUGACAGUGCCCUCACUCAUGCCCUCUACACAGCCAUUGCAUUUUUGGGUGUGGCAGACCACAAGGGUGGGGUUGUCUUGCUGGUGCUGUCUCUCUGUUUGAAAGUGGGCUUCAACACAGUGUCCAGGAAGCUGUCUGUGGAGAUUGGGGGAGCCAAGCGCCUCUACGCCCUGUCCAACCUGGCCUCUGCUGUGGUACUGCUGCCCUGGGUCAUCGUGCUUUCUGCCACCACAGAGAGCAAGGUGGAGUCCUGGUCGUCGCUGGUGAUGCCGUUUGGCAUGAUCGUGUUCUCUGUGAUGAUCCUGGACUUCUACGUGGAGUCCAUCUGCGUCGCCAAGAUGGAGGCACCCAGGUGCGCCCGCUAUGGCUCGCUCUUCGUGUUCCUCAGUGGUCUCCUGCUGGCCAACUUCUGGACCCACCCGCUGACCGACCAGCUCCGCGCCGUGAGCAACCCCGCCCAGCGCGACAGCACCGAGCACGUGCUGUCAGGAGGGGUGGUGGUCAGUGCCAUCUUCUUCAUCCUGUCUGACAGUAUUUUGUCCUCCCCGUCCAAGAAGGGCCAGAGGGGGACUCUGGUGGGCUACUCCCCCGAGGGAACCCCACUGUAUAACUUCAUGGGGGACGCUCUGCAGCACACUUCCCAUUCUCUGCCCCGCUUCAUUAAGGACUCCCUCAAACAGAUCCUGGAGGAGCACGACUCACGCCACAUCUUCUACUUUCUCUGCCUCAACCUGGCCUUCACGUUUGUCGAGCUCUUCUACGGUGUUUGGACCAACAGCCUGGGUCUGAUCUCGGAUGGGUUCCACAUGCUUUUUGAUUGCUCGGCGCUGGUCCUGGGGCUGUUUGCAGCGCUGAUGACUCGCUGGAAGGCCACACGGAUCUAUUCUUACGGGUAUGGUCGCGUUGAGAUUCUCUCUGGAUUCAUCAAUGGCCUCUUCCUCAUGGUCAUAGCAUUCUUUGUCUUCAUGGAGUCCGUCACUCGAGUAAUAGAUCCACCCAACAUUAAUACAGACAUGCUAACUCCGGUCUCAGUUGGGGGCCUCAUCGUCAAUCUUGUGGGUAUCUGUGCGUUCAGCCACGCCCACUCACAUGCUGGGUCCAAGGGGAGCUGCUCGUCACAUGACCAUGGCCACUCCCACCACAGUCAUGGAGACCACGGCCAUGGGGGACACGGGCACAGCCACGGCGGGCACGGUCACGGUCACGCCCACAGUCACGGACACGGACACUCCCAUGGCUCGCCAGGGGGAGGCAUGAAUGCCAACAUGAGAGGCGUCUUCCUGCACGUCCUGGCCGACACCCUGGGCAGCGUGGGGGUCAUCAUAUCCACCAUCCUGAUCAGGCAGUUUGGCUGGCUGAUCGCCGACCCCAUCUGCUCCCUCUUCAUUGCCGUGCUCAUCUUCCUCAGCGUCAUCCCCCUGAUAAAGGACGCCUGCGAGGUUCUCCUCCUGAGGAUUCCCACCGAGCACGAGAAGGACCUCAACAGCGCGCUGGAGAAGAUCCAGAAGAUUGAAGGCGUGCUGUCCUACCGCGACCCACAUUUCUGGAGGCACUCUGCUAGCGUCAUAGCAGGAACCAUACACCUGCAGCUGAUGUCUGAUGUUGUGGAGCAGAGAAUCAUACAGCAGGUGACUGCAGUGCUUAAAGAUGCAGGAGUGAACAAUCUCUCUGUCCAGGUGGAGAAGGAAGCCUACUUUCAGCACAUGUCUGGCCUCAGUACUGGAUUCCAUGAAGUUCUGGCUAUGACCAAACAGAUGGAGUCCAUGAAGUACCUGAAAGACGGGACGUGUAUCAUGUGAAUGGUUUCUGUGGGAACAAAUAAAUCAUAAUACUGAGGAAUAAAAUAAAUAAUAAAUAUUGGGAUUUUAUAUUCCCAUUUAAAAAUAUUUUUGCAUAUCGAUGUAUAAAUAUACUUAUGUAUUUUGUAAUUUGAACUAACCUGGGUAUUGUUGCCUCACUCUAAACUGGAGGGAAUGGACUUAUUUAAAUUAAAAUAUUACAUUGUUAUUAGAGAGGCUUGGCUUGAUAUCAGCCAAACCUGCAUAUCUGAACAUACAUUAAAUGUUCAUACAUCACGUUUGGUGUUUUCAUAUUCAGUCAUUCAUACUGCCCUACUUGGAGAAUUUGUCACAUAAAAUGGCUCACUUCAUAUUACAACAUAAGUGUGUUUUCCUUAUUUAUUUUGACUAAUGGGUUACCUGGUGAUAUUUCUCUGGCUGAUUACCAAGUGAAUAACCAUUAGUUACAUUCUGUAUUAAUAACGACUGAAUGUACGUUGAGUCCAUUGCUUGUUAGUUCAGUGGUGCAGAUAAAGAAAUGCUCUCUGUUCAGUGUUCAGCA